CACUAGCAGAUGUUUCUGCAUUUGAAGUAGGUAAAGGUGAAAUCACUGUAUCUGGAAUGGAUGAGGAUAAAUCCACUGCAUCUGAAGUGGAUUGUAAUACUGAAACAACUGGAGUAAACAAGAAUAAAUUUACUGCAUCUGAAAUAGGUAAAGAUGGUACUAUUAAAACUAAAAUAGAAAAAGGUAAAUCCACUGCAUUUGAGGUUGAUAAAGGUGAAAUUAUUUAUCUUGUAAAACUUCAAUAG